GACGCCGUGAUGGUAGUGGCGGUUUUCAAAUCUGAUUACAAUUUCUGUGCUGUAACGUGUCAGAAGUUGUAACGUGUCAGAAGUUGGUUCGUGAUACUGUCCCAUAUCGGACGUCUUUAUUCAUUCCACACACAAGCACAUUUCCGAAUCUCGGCAGCACGUUGUCAUAGUCAUGGUCAGAGUGGGUUUCAAUUGUCCUGGCAGCUUGAUCUGAUUGUUUAUGGAUACGAUAUGUCUGCAGAGAAAGAUGAAAUCUUAACUGGACGUGGAGGUGAUUUAGUGUGCUGGAAUAAAUUGGUUGGAUCUAUGAACGCCGUUUGUAAACUCACAAUAACAGAUAAAUCUGACAGCAUAAACAUAGCCAAAGCCCCCAUUGAAAGCACAGGAAGUGGAUCCCUUGUACAAGUGAGACUUGGUGAAGAAACGAUCAUUGCAGUUCUUACCAAUCAUCAUGUGAUAAAGAAUGAAGGAAUGGCAGUAAAAACAUUAGCUACAUUCAAUUAUGAUGGCCAAAGUGAACCAAUACACGUUAAUUUGUGUCCUGAUAUUUUCUUCAGAACGAGUGAGAAUUACGAUUAUGCAUUGGUCGGUCUAGAAUCGGAAGGCAUUUAUUCAUUGUACACAAGACUACCGGGCAUUUGUCCUCUUCAACUUCACCGUAUCCCAGAACGCGACGUACAUCAAAUAAAAAACGUCCAAAUUGCACAGCAUCCUCAUGGAAGGUCAAAACGUUUUAGUGUCGGUAGAGUCUGCGAAGUCCAGGAUAAGUUCAUUCUUUAUGAUGCAGAUACCACAGCGGGUUCUUCUGGGUCACCUGUGUUCUUUGUCAGUGACGAAGAUUGUUACGUCCUCGCCUUGCACAAGUCAGGUGGUGUGAUGACGUCAGAGCGUCGUGAAGCAGUGAAUAAAGGGAUGUUCAUAAAUAUUAUUUUGGAUCAUCUCAGUGGUGGCCCUGUCAAGCUUCUACAACCAACAAAAGAUAAAAUUAGACUUUCUCAAUCAAAACCAACUAGCUUUUCUCCGCAAGAAGCAGUUCGGAUUGGUAGCAGAAUCCCAGAUAAGUGGGAAAAGAUUGCUCUAGCAACUGGGAAAUUCAAUGAUAAAGAAACGACCAUUAUUAGGCUUAAUCACAGCAACCAUGAUAGCGCAAUGCAAGCAACUGUGAUGAUAAAUUAUUAUCAGAGAAGACAAGGCACAAGAGAGGAGUUCGUCUCGGCCUUGAAAGAGUUCGGAGAAUAUGAGUUGGCCGAAAAAGUCGAAUCAAAGUAUUUUCAAACAAUGAAAUCGUGAAGUUGAUAUAUAUAUCAUUGUGUAAUCGGUUGCAGUUAAAAUUUCGGGCAGAGUUGAUUUACGCGUUUUUCAAACUACGGGUUUACUUAAAGAAAAGACAACGAAUCUGUUUAUCAAUACAGGGUUGUGUGCAUUUUGAGAAUAAUUUGAAAUGAAGUAGAAAUAUUACCAUAAAUUGUUGUCUUGUUUUAUAUUUAAGUUAUUUCUUUAUUUCUUGAGUCUACAAGAUGU